UAUUUUUACUCAGAUGUCGACGAAUGCACUGCUUCCUUUCCUGUCUGUGAUGUCAAUGCUCAAUGUUCGAACACUCGUGGGUCUUAUAGCUGCAGAUGCAAAGUUGGUUAUUCUGGAAGCGGAAAAACUUGCAAAGGUCUGUGUGGAGGUGGUAUCAAACAGCUUUUGCAGCGAGAUAAGGAUAAGCAACACUAGAUUUACUUGUCUCGAAACUUCGAACUGGUAGCUCGUUCUACCUCGCAGCAAUUGUGUUUUGAAUUCCAAAACAAUUUUAAAUCUUAAUUUUGAACGACUUUUUGUUACGGACUUGUGCUCCAACUCAUAACAAAUUUUCGAUGUUAUCUAAUACAGCUGUGGUAAUAAUUUGUUUUAAAAAUUAUUUUUACUCAGAUGUCGACGAAUGCACUGCUUCGCCAUCUCCUGUAUGUGAUGUCAAUGCUCAUUGUUCGAACACUUGUGGGUCUUAUAGCUGCAGAUGCAAAGUUGGUUAUUCUGGAAGCGGAAAAACUUGCAAAGGUCUGUAUGGAGGUGGUAGCAAACAGCUUUUGCACUAAGAUAAGAAUAAGCAACACUAGAAUUUUACUUGUCCCGAAAAUUCGAACUGGUAUCUCCUUCUACCUCAGAGCAAUUGUGUUUUGAAUUCCAAAACAAUUUCAAAGCUGAAUUUUGAACGACUUUUUCAGUACUAUAUCAAUAAAAGCCGAUACCAGAAAUUUCAUUAAAAAAUUAUGAGCCAAACUUUUCACUGAACGUCAUUUUCCUUAAACAGUAGGAGCUACUAUACUUAACUUCUUAUUUCGCAAAAAAUACAUUUACCAGCAAUGAAAUCGAAGUAUUUCAACUUAUUGCUAAAGGAUAUCGGUGAUUUUUUGCAAAGCCAGUUCCGAGCCAUCGCGUUAAAAACGAUAAAGUUACAAUGAAAAGGUCGUCAUAGAUCAAUGAGCGUCUAUUAAUUGGGUCCAAAUGUUAUUACAGAUGGUACCUUUAUUACACUUGGGUCCAGUUGUUACACUAUUGCCUUCUACAAGACCAACAUGAAUCGUAUGAUUUCGUGCUAACUUUUCAAGGCCAAAUUCGGAAGGGGUUAAGUCUGUCAACGUUGAUGUUAACGGCAUACUUGCCCUCAGCGAAUUUCGCUUGCCGAACAAACAAUGCUUGACAGGCUUAACAGAGGGAACAUAAAAAUGUUUUACCAAAGAAAAUAAAAUAUAUGUAUGUUUCUCAUCCCUCUUUUGUUUAUUUUCAGAUAUAAAUGAGUGCGCAGCUAACUCUGAUAACUGUGACGUCAAUGCUGUUUGUCAAAAUACCGUGGGCUCUCAUACGUGUUUAUGUAAGGCUGGAUAUACAGGAAAUGGAAAACAAUGUCGUGGUAAGGACGUUUUAAACGAAAUACAGUAAGAAAGACUGAAGGCUAUUUUAAACUCACACCACUUUUUUUCAGUAGUAUGGGCUCAAAAUCACCCGGUUCCCAUACUGCCGAGGUGCUUGUAUUGGUAGCGUAGACAGUUGUGCCUGCGACAAAGUUCUCCAUUCCAAAUUGGGAGCGAAGCGAGCCCCGCUACGGAACGCAAAAGCGAGCGGCUAGGGGUAGGGAAAAGGAGAGGUCGCAACUAUCUCUACAGGGUUUUCAUUUCUGGUUCAACAGGGCCGCGAAGCGAAAUACCAUUUGGCUGAAAAAAUAACCUUCCUGCCAUAAACAUUUUCUGUAAAUUUACAUACAAAGCUUAACGUGCUUGGCUCCGAGAAAGAAAACAGGGCGAGAAAGAAAAUCGCUCUAUCUUUCCAUUCCUUUCCUCACCCCUCGUUUCCGCUUCUCCUUUCGCACACCGCUCGUAACCUCGUACGAUGAACCCAACUGAAGAGGUCUUUCGUUAAGGCUGAUGAAGAGUGUUGUAUAAAUAAUAUAGCACAUAAGAAAUAAUGACAUUCUGUUGAAUUUUUUACUCCGGCGUUGGCGAAUGCACUGCUUCUAAUUUUUCCCUUCGUGAGGUCAAUGCUCAAUUUCCGAAUGCUCGAGCUCGUGGGUCGCGACCAAAGUGCGUUAAGAAGGACCUGAGGAGGAGGCAGAAUUAGCAGUCAGAGCAUUGUACUGAUUAUUAGUAAAAUUUAAAAAUGAUUGAAUGAACAAAGCAGAUUCCAAAAGUAUUACGUAUCACCUCCAAAAAUCUACCAUUUUUUUUAAUUUACACUUUUAGACGUGGAACGUUCACUCCUGUGAUGUCAACGCUCUGCUAGCGAAUUUCGCUAGCCUAAAAACAUGCUUAACAGAGGGAACAUAAAAAUGUUUUGCCAAAGAAAAUAAAACAUUUUUUUUAUGUUUCUCAUCCCUCUUUUAUUUAUUUUCAGAUACAAAUGAGUGCACAGCCAACUCUGAUAACUGUGACGUCAAUGCUGUUUGUCAAAAUACCGUGGGCUCUCAUACGUGUUUAUGUAAAGCUGGAUAUACAGGAAAUGGAAAACAAUGUCGUGGUAAGAACCGUUUCAAGGAAAUACAGAAAAGAGACUAUUGGCCAUUUUAAAUUCCCACCCUUUUUUUUUUCAGUAGUAUGGGCUCAAAAUUACCCAGUUCCCAUGUUGCCGAAGUGCUUGUAUUGAUAGGCAGCGAAGACAGUUAUGCCUGCAAACAAGUUCUCCAUUCCAUAAACAUUUUUUGUCAAUGUAGAUACAAAGCUUAACGUGCGUGGCUCCGAGAAAGAAAACAGGGCGAGGAAGAAAAUCGCUCUUGACUAUCUUUCCAUUCCUUUCCUCAUCCCUCGUUUUCGAUUUUCCUUUCGCACACCGCUCGUGAUCUCGCACGAUAAACCCAACUAAAGAGGUCUUUCGUUAAGGCUGCUGAAGAGUGUUAUAUAAAUAUAAUGGGACAUAGUAAAUAAUAACAUUCUGUUGAAUUUUUUACUCCGAUGUUGGUGAAUGCACUGCUCCUAAUUCUCCCCUUCGUGUACGUCAAUGCUCAAUUUCCGAACACGCGUGGGUCGCGAUCAAAGUGCGUUAAGAAGGACCUGAGGAGGAGGCAGAAUUAGCAGUGAGAGCAUUGUACUGAUGAUUAGUAAAAUUUUAAAAUGAUUGCAAUGAACAAAACAGAUUCCAAAAGUAUUACGUAUCACCCCCAAUACAAUUUCAAAGCUGAAUUUUGAACGACUUUUUCAGUACUAUAUCAAUAAAAGCCGAUACCAGAAAUUUCAUUAAAAAAUUAUGAGCCAAACUUUUCACUGAACGUCAUUUUCCUUAAACAGUAGGAGCUACUAUACUUAACUUCUUAUUUCGCAAAAAAUACAUUUACCAGCAAUGAAAUCGAAGUAUUUCAACUUAUUGCUAAAGGAUAUCGGUGAUUUUUUGCAAAGCCAGUUCCGAGCCAUCGCGUUAAAAACGAUAAAGUUACAAUGAAAAGGUCGUCAUAGAUCAAUGAGCGUCUAUUAAUUGGGUCCAAAUGUUAUUACAGAUGGUACCUUUAUUACACUUGGGUCCAGUUGUUACACUAUUGCCUUCUACAAGACCAACAUGAAUCGUAUGAUUUCGUGCUAACUUUUCAAGGCCAAAUUCGGAAGGGGUUAAGUCUGUCAACGUUGAUGUUAACGGCAUACUUGCCCUCAGCGAAUUUCGCUUGCCGAACAAACAAUGCUUGACAGGCUUAACAGAGGGAACAUAAAAAUGUUUUACCAAAGAAAAUAAAAUAUAUGUAUGUUUCUCAUCCCUCUUUUGUUUAUUUUCAGAUAUAAAUGAGUGCGCAGCUAACUCUGAUAACUGUGACGUCAAUGCUGUUUGUCAAAAUACCGUGGGCUCUCAUACGUGUUUAUGUAAGGCUGGAUAUACAGGAAAUGGAAAACAAUGUCGUGGUAAGGACGUUUUAAACGAAAUACAGUAAGAAAGACUGAAGGCUAUUUUAAACUCACACCACUUUUUUUCAGUAGUAUGGGCUCAAAAUCACCCGGUUCCCAUACUGCCGAGGUGCUUGUAUUGGUAGCGUAGACAGUUGUGCCUGCGACAAAGUUCUCCAUUCCAAAUUGGGAGCGAAGCGAGCCCCGCUACGGAACGCAAAAGCGAGCGGCUAGGGGUAGGGAAAAGGAGAGGUCGCAACUAUCUCUACAGGGUUUUCAUUUCUGGUUCAACAGGGCCGCGAAGCGAAAUACCAUUUGGCUGAAAAAAUAACCUUCCUGCCAUAAACAUUUUCUGUAAAUUUACAUACAAAGCUUAACGUGCUUGGCUCCGAGAAAGAAAACAGGGCGAGAAAGAAAAUCGCUCUAUCUUUCCAUUCCUUUCCUCACCCCUCGUUUCCGCUUCUCCUUUCGCACACCGCUCGUAACCUCGUACGAUGAACCCAACUGAAGAGGUCUUUCGUUAAGGCUGAUGAAGAGUGUUGUAUAAAUAAUAUAGCACAUAAGAAAUAAUGACAUUCUGUUGAAUUUUUUACUCCGGCGUUGGCGAAUGCACUGCUUCUAAUUUUUCCCUUCGUGAGGUCAAUGCUCAAUUUCCGAAUGCUCGAGCUCGUGGGUCGCGACCAAAGUGCGUUAAGAAGGACCUGAGGAGGAGGCAGAAUUAGCAGUCAGAGCAUUGUACUGAUUAUUAGUAAAAUUUAAAAAUGAUUGAAUGAACAAAGCAGAUUCCAAAAGUAUUACGUAUCACCUCCAAAAAUCUACCAUUUUUUUUAAUUUACACUUUUAGACGUGGAACGUUCACUCCUGUGAUGUCAACGCUCUGCUAGCGAAUUUCGCUAGCCUAAAAACAUGCUUAACAGAGGGAACAUAAAAAUGUUUUGCCAAAGAAAAUAAAACAUUUUUUUUAUGUUUCUCAUCCCUCUUUUAUUUAUUUUCAGAUACAAAUGAGUGCACAGCCAACUCUGAUAACUGUGACGUCAAUGCUGUUUGUCAAAAUACCGUGGGCUCUCAUACGUGUUUAUGUAAAGCUGGAUAUACAGGAAAUGGAAAACAAUGUCGUGGUAAGAACCGUUUCAAGGAAAUACAGAAAAGAGACUAUUGGCCAUUUUAAAUUCCCACCCUUUUUUUUUUCAGUAGUAUGGGCUCAAAAUUACCCAGUUCCCAUGUUGCCGAAGUGCUUGUAUUGAUAGGCAGCGAAGACAGUUAUGCCUGCAAACAAGUUCUCCAUUCCAUAAACAUUUUUUGUCAAUGUAGAUACAAAGCUUAACGUGCGUGGCUCCGAGAAAGAAAACAGGGCGAGGAAGAAAAUCGCUCUUGACUAUCUUUCCAUUCCUUUCCUCAUCCCUCGUUUUCGAUUUUCCUUUCGCACACCGCUCGUGAUCUCGCACGAUAAACCCAACUAAAGAGGUCUUUCGUUAAGGCUGCUGAAGAGUGUUAUAUAAAUAUAAUGGGACAUAGUAAAUAAUAACAUUCUGUUGAAUUUUUUACUCCGAUGUUGGUGAAUGCACUGCUCCUAAUUCUCCCCUUCGUGUACGUCAAUGCUCAAUUUCCGAACACGCGUGGGUCGCGAUCAAAGUGCGUUAAGAAGGACCUGAGGAGGAGGCAGAAUUAGCAGUGAGAGCAUUGUACUGAUGAUUAGUAAAAUUUUAAAAUGAUUGCAAUGAACAAAACAGAUUCCAAAAGUAUUACGUAUCACCCCCAAAAAUCUACCAAUUUUUUUAAAUUUAAUUUACACUUUUAGAUGUGGACGAGUGUUCCAAAAACGUUCACUCCUGUGAUGUCAACGCUCUACGUCUUCCUUGUCGUGCUAUUGUCGCGUAACUUCAGUUCUAUUUUACUGAGCAAAAUAGUUGUUUCUGAAUUUACCUAAUUAUAUCCUGACUGCCAUUUCUCUAUUUAGGGCUUGUAUUCUUUUAUAUUUUUAUAAUUUACUAUUUAUAUUUACGCUUUGAUUUAUUCUGACAAGAUCUUACAGCUAACGGAUUCAAAGCACCCGUUAAGGUGGCUCGAUAGCGUUUUUGACCUCCAAAGUUUGACCAAAACUACGCCGCCAUUAAAGCUUUCAUGGGUAGAAAUAUGGUAAAAUCUGGACAAUCUUAAUGUUCGGCCGUUAUCUGUAGAAAACAGAGCGAAAAUUUCUCGGAGGAAAAAAGCGCCCGUGAACGAUUCCCAGUGCCAGGAAAUACUCCGGCUGCAAGUAAAAUAAGUAAUGGCGUCAUUUCGUUGCUAUGACAACUCUGAUGUCAUUGUAACCCUGAUCAUAACAAAUUUUCGAUGUUAUCUAAUACAGCUGUGGUAAUAAUUUUUCCAAUUCUUUGUUAAUGGCGACGUAGUUUAUGCUCAAACUUCGAAAGUAUUGACCCUGAAAACCCUAUAGAGCCACCUUUAGUCGAGGAAAACGAGUACGGUGACACUUAAGCUUGUAGGGUAAGUUCGUAGCUGGUCACGUGAUCANAAUGAAGGUCAUUGUUCCCAUUUCCAUGAGACCUCAGAUGAUUUCCAGAGUCCAUUCCAGUCACUUAGGACCUGAUGCCUGUGUACGUCGAGCACGUGAUGUGUUAUUUUGGCCAAGUAUGGCAGGCCAAAUCAAGGAACAAGUUCAAAACUGUGAAGUUUGCAAUGACUUUCUAGCCAGACAACAGAAGGAACCGUUAAUGACACAUAAGAUUCCAGAUACCCCAUGGUCAAAGGUUAGUCAGGGUCUCUUCACCUAUGGAAGUGAGACCUUCCUAGUGACUGUUGACUAUUACAGUGAUUACUUUGAACUAGAUUUGUUGCAAGAUGCAACUAAAGAGUCUGUAGUUGUCUCAGUCAAUUCCUCAGUUAAAGGCCGAAUAACAGUUUCCGCUUCUCCUUUCGCACACCGCUCGUAACCUCGCACGAUGAACCCAACUGAAGAGGUCUUUCGUUAAGGCUGAUGAAGAGUGUUGUAUAAAUAAUAUAGCACAUAAGAAAUAAUGACAUUCUGUUGAAUUUUUUACUCCGGCGUUGGCGAAUGCACUGCUUCUAAUUUUUCCCUUCUUGAGGUCAAUGCUCAAUUUCCGAAUGCUCGAGCUCGUGGGUCGCGACCAAAGUGCGUUAAGAAGGACCUGAGGAGGAGGCAGAAUUAGCAGUGAGAGCAUUGUACUGAUGAUUAGUAAAAUUUUAAAAUGAUUGCAAUGAACAAAACAGAUUCCAAAAGUAUUACGUAUCACCCCCAAAAAUCUACCAUUUUUUUUUUUAAUUUAAUUUACACUUUUAGACGUGGACGAGUGUUCCAAAAACGUUCACUCCUGUGAUGUCAACGCUCUACGUCUUCUUUGUCGUGCUAUUGUCGCGUGACUUCAGUUCUAUUUUACUGAGCAAAAUAGUUGUUUCUGAAUUUACCUAAUUAUAUCCUGACUGCCAUUUCUCUAUUUAGGGGUUAUCUUCUUUAUCAUAUUUUUAUUUAUUUAGUAUUUAUUUAUUUACUAUUUAUAUUUACGCUUUGAUUUAUUCUGACAAGAUCUUACAGCUAACGGAUUCAAAGCACCCGUUAAGGUAGCUCGAUAGCGUUUUUGACCUCCAAAGUUUGACCAAAACUACGUCGUCAUUAAAGCUUUCAUGGGUAGAAAUAUGGUAAAAUCUGGACAAUCUUAAUGUUCGGCCGUUAUCUGUAGAAAACAGAGCGAAAAUUUCUCGGAGGAAAAAGCUCCUGUGAACGAUUCCCAGUGCCAGGAAAUACUCCGGCUGCAAGUAAAAUAAGUAAUGGCGUCAUUUCGUUGCUAUGACAACUCUGAUGUCAUUGUAACCCUGAUCAUAACAAAUUUUCGGUGUUAUCUAAUACAGCUGUGGUAAUAAUUUUCCAAUUCUUUGUUAAUGGCGACGUAGUUUAUGCUCAAACUUCGGAGGUAUUGAACAUGUUAAAACCCUUUUUGCAGUGAGAUAAGAAUAAGCAACACUAGUACUUCUCUCGAAAAAUCGAACUGGUAGCUCGUUCUACCCCAGAGCAAAUGUGUUUUGAAUUCCAAAACAAUUUCAACGCUGAAUUUUGAACGACUUUUAGAUACGGACUUCUGAUCCAACGAUUUCUUUGAAAUUUCUCUGGCAUAUUUUAGUACUAUAUCAAUAAAAGCCGAUACCAGAAAUUUUAUUUAGAAGUUAUGAGCCAAAAUUUUUACCGGACGUUAUUUUCAAAACAGUAGGAUCUACUUAUGCGCUUAUUUCGCAAAAAAAUAUUUACCAGCAAUGAAAUCGAAGUAUUUCAAAUUAUUGCUGAAGGAUAUCGGUAAUGUUUUACAAAGUUUCCGAGCCAUCGCGUUAAAAACGAUAGAGUUAUGAUGAAAAGGUUGUCAUAGCUUAAAUAAGACCGAAUGCAUUUAUUAUAUCAUCAGUACGGAUUUUUUUUUUUUUAACUAUUGAGGAAAUCGUAUUUUAUAUUCAGCAUCAUACAGAGCUGUAUUUACAAACCUUGGUGCAAGUGGGAGACUGGGCCCAACUUCUCUUGGUAGUCACUAUAGUGGUCAGGUUCACGACGGUCAAGUUACAUUGGUCAGUGGUAUUCAACGAUGGACUGUACCACACACAGGUGACUACAGGAUAGAGGCAAUAGGAGCUGCAGGGGGAUAUGGCAUAAGAAGCAAUGACCAGUAUCGCGGCCGAGGUGCCAGAUUAAGAGGAACUUUUCGCUUAUCCAAAGGAGAAACAAUAAAGAUACUUGUUGGUCACGAAGGAAGUACUACUCUAAAGAGUGAAAGCUCAGGUGGUGGAGGAGGUACGUUUGUAGUGAGUGGAAGUAACACGCCUUUGAUAGUAGCUGGAGGAGGAGGUGGCAUAGAAACUGCUAAAUCAAGACAUUUGGGAUGCGAUGCUUCCACAGGGACGGCAGGGAAUGCUGGGUAUAGGUCAUGGUCGGGAGGGAGUGGUGGACAAGGAGCAACGACCGCUGACAGUGGUAACUCAGGUAAGCUGAGUCUGCGAAAAGCUCAGUGAUGCCACCACGACAGUGGCAAUCUAUGCUAACCUUCGCAUCUAACUUCAUUAAACUUCUUCCAUUUAGAGCUUUACCUUAGCCUUUAAAGGUCUUUUGAGCUUGGGCGCUCGGUCACUUUUACAGUUUCGCGUUAUACUACGCAAUAAAAUGUUUUUAGGAGGUAAAAUGAUAAUUUACACCAAUCGCAGUGAUUAACCGUUCAGUAGAGACCUCCAAUUGCUAAAAAUGUUCCAAUUUGAAAACGUCGAUAAUUUUCAACCGAAAACUGUAGUAAGCCGCCUUAAAGGUCGUUGACUUUGGCAAACUUUAAGGUGGCUCUUUCUAGUUGCUUCGCGUGGGGUGCCCAUCGAGCCCGCGCCCAUCUCACUUUGUACGCGCGAGAGAAACAAAGCAAAUAUGGCGCCGCGCAUCUAUAUUUUCGUGUAAGUUUGCUUUUGUUCAAAAUUUACUCAAGAGUAUGCUUUGUUUAAGAUAAAAUUAGUUUUUUAUCAGACAAUAUAUAGUGUAAAACCUUUGCUUAAACGCAUGUUUUCAAGAGUGAAAAAACCUAAGCUCAAUGCGUUAAUUUCGAAAGGAAUACUCGCAUGUGCACUGUGAUUGAUCUUGACGGGGAUUGGAAAAGCAAGGACUCGCCCUAACUACUAGCAAAACUUCAAAAACAAGAAGCCAGAGUACUACCACAGUCAACCAUAGUUUAUUUUCUUGGCUAUAUAUUGUAUCUUCAAUCAUGUUUUACUCCACGGCUACUGUGUAGCGCUCUUACAAGAGUGACGAAAACUGUUUCGGAAAACGUAAAGUGAGUCUCCUUCAAACAAUUUCGUCUAUAUGCCACUUCGUGUUUUUGCUUAUGUUGAAACGUAAGUCCAGAUGGCUAUAUUUUCAGACUACCAAACGGGUUUACUGAACCUUACAAAAACGCACAAAUAUGCACGCGUGUAAUUUUCUCUCACCGGCUCUGCAAGAACGGUAAGAAAAAUCACCAGAUGCCCGUAAGCGUACACGGUAAAAUCAGAGGUAGUGAAGACAAAAACGCAUAAGUAACCCGCGAUCUUACAGAGUUCAGACGCAAACACGGAAACGCGAGUUGGAAUUUCUGAAACCUCGAAGCGUUUUACAAGAAAUCCGCGCCGGUGACCCCCUCUUUUUAUUGUCUUGAUAUUUUACUAGAGUUAAUAAGAGGAAACGACAGAAAAAAAAAUGAAUUAAUUCUAUGAAGAGAAACUCACUGCGCAAUUCAAUUCAAUUCAAUUCAAUUUUAUUAUUCACACUUUGUAAAAUAUUUACUUUAUAUAUAGUAAGGUAGGAAUACACUAAUAAAGUAGAAGAAGAAGGAAAAAAAGGAAAAUUAAUGGCUUGGGUAGAAGUGUACGGUGGUCAGAGGAGCUUAGCUUUCGAGCUAACCACCGCUAUAUUAUGACUGGAAAUACAUUAUAAACGUGCACUUGGUGCCGUGGCAACUAUGGACGAUUAUGCCAGCAGUCAGGUUAUGUGAGACAGUCAUAUUACAAUUGUUACCUUUGAGAGCUAACUAGAAUUCGCUUAUAUUCUUUUUUGAACUUUUGGUAGCUAAGAGUUUUUAUCUUAGUAGGAAUCUCUUCCCAAGUUUUGGUUAUGGCAAACUUAAAUGUGUGUUUGCCGUAAUUUGACCUUACACGUGGUACGUGAGAGUUAAGAUUUGAGGCAUAUCUGGUAUUGUGUGAGUGAAUAUCAGACACCUUUACGAGGUAGUUUUGAAACACUUCAGGGAUAUUGGCUUCAUUCUGUGAGAUUUUGUGAGCUAGCAAGGAGAUUUUGAGUUUAAAAAUGCUAUCUAUGUUAAGUAUGUCUAGAAGUUUGAGGUAGGGUGCACUACUUUCUCUAUUAUGGCUAAAAAAUAUGCAGCGUAUACAUUUAUUUUGUUUUGUUUGAACUUUAGUUAAUCUACUUGGGUAUGUGUUUCCCCAGCUCAUAAUUCCAUAAUGAAGGUAGGGGUAGAUAAGUGAGUAAUACAUUUGUUUGAGGGUGUUUAAAGUUAAGAAAUGGCGUAAUCUGAAAAGGAUUCCCAAGUUUUUAGAUAUUUUGUUGUUAAUGUGCUGCAUGUGGGAAGCCCAAUUUAGAUUUUUGUCAAUGUAGAUACCUAGGUAUUUGAUGUAGUUCUUUUCUUCAAUAUUGUGUAAAUUAAGCUUAAGUUUAUUUGCUUUUUGGGGGAAGGAGACUGUCAUAUAGUGGGUUUUCUUAACGUUUACAGAACGUUUAUUAGCAAAGCAGUAGCUAGGAAGAUGGUUGGAUUCCUCAUUUAUAGUUUUUUCAAUUAAGGUCCUGUCGAGAAUUGGAAGAGUAGAAGAGAGUGGAAGUGGUGUCAUCAGCAAAUGUUCUAAUAUUUGACUUUUCUAAACAAUUGGGCAUGUCAUUAUGCACUAAAUGUCAGAUAACAAGGGAAACAGUUAGUUUUGUUUUCCCGAGAGUCCUGGUGUUUACCGAGACGAAGUCGAGGGAAACAUCAGGACUCGAGGGAAAACAAAACUAACUGGUUUCCCGAGGGACCUCACAUUAAGUGUUUUGUUAUAUUUCUAGACUUUCACUUCAACAACAACAAAAGAAUAACCGGAGCGAACCAAAACAGUCGACUCGGUACUUAUAACACAAAUUUAAUUCUCAAAACCACUGAAUGAAUGAUUUACAAACAAAAGUACUUUCCUUAUAUUAUCUGCAUCUUUUUCCUCCACUAGCUGCUGUUUUUCGUCUGGGAACUUCUGGGAUGACUUUAAAAAUCGUUGCUUUUUAGCUUGAGGCUUCGUGUUGGUGUUGUUGUGUUCAUUCACGAAAAAGAAAACUGGCAGGACCUGGCGGUGUUUUUCCCGCCUUCUGUCACGCCACUUUCCACCAUGCUUCGAUCACGUGCUGCAAUGUAUCCUGUGAGGGAUACAUUGUUUAAUGUAUCACGAUCGGGAUACAUUGAUUUUAGUCAAGGCCACGUGACCAAGAAUCAACCAAUGGCAGUCCCUGUUUAGUUGAGUGAAAGUCUAGGAAUAUAACAAUGAUAUAUGUCAAAUGUCCCAUUUUCCCCUUUUACAAAAGAUCCGUUUGAAGAAGUUUUUAAAAUAAUUGUAAAUUUUUCUUUUGUAAUGCCAAACUAGCUAUCGUAAAAAAUAGGGUUCACUGGCUUAUUUUCAAGUGAUUUUCAAUGAAAUGCAGGUAUGGGAUACGCGUUGGAUACGUUACCAUGGUAACCGUUAAUGAAGAAAGUGUUGUUAUCGCCGGCUUCGUUCUCUGUACUUUCAAGUGUUAAAACCGCCAAAAAAGGUGAAAACUGGUACGAGUCACCUUAAGUGAAAUGGGUAGUAGUCGCCUUUAUAAAUGACAAAUUAGUAUUUAGAAGAUAACUAAAAUCCAGGCCUAAACUCCAUUCGGAGGAAAUCCGGUUUCCUGUGAAUCCAAAGAGGCCAUUUCAGUGGUUUACGGUGGCACAUCUUCUUCUAUCAAUACAUUCAUAUUGCUAUUUUUAAAAUUAAAGAAGACUCAAGAAAUCCACCUGCGCAUGUAAUGUUAUUUGUAUUUUAGGUGGUGGCGGUGGCGGAUUUUAUUCCAGUGGAAGAAGCUCAAGGCAGUUCGGAGGCUCAAUGGGGAAUGGCGGAGAAGGAGGCGAAGGAUUUCUUCAUGGAGGAGUGGGUGGAAGAGCCUGGUAUAACAAUGCUGUAGGAGGAUUUGGAGGAGGAGGAGGUGCAUAUGGAGGUUCAGGCGGAGGGGGUGCUGGAGGUGGAGGAGGAUACUCUGGGGGAAGUAGCGGGGAUAAUGAACAUGACUCCUGUGGAGGAGGGGGAGGAUCUUACAACAAUGGAAAGAAUCAGCAGAAUGAAUGCUGUUAUAAAACAGCUAGGCAUGGUCAGGUGACCAUAACAUUAAUAUAG